AUGUCACUUAAUCUGUUUGACGUUCCGGACAUUGACUACAGGUAUGAAGCCAAACGGUGGAUCCCUUUCAAACCGGCUAAUACCGGAACUCGCCCUAUUCUUUUUACCGUACCCUCAGGCGAUGAUUAUUACGAUCUGAAUGAAACCAAGCUGGAAAUCAAAAUACGUAUGAACACCACAGGGGCAAAUGGACUUUCCGCUGAUGAAACAGAUGCCUCGGAUGGUGAUAAUACCAAAUACGUCUAUUGUGUGAACAAUUUUGGUCAUUCUCUCUUUAAUCAAAUGAAUGUGUCCUUCAAUGGAGUGUUGAUGACAGAACAAAGCAAUGCCUAUCACCAGAAAGCUUACCUAGAAACCCUGCAGAAUUUUAAUCGCCAAGAAGGAGAAACCACUUUAGUUCCUCAAGGAUGGGUGAAUGAAUUAAAUGUGGUUGAAGAAUUAACACCCACCAAUGCAGGCAACAACGAUAAACUCAACCCCAACAACUGGAGUGGAAAAACAGGGCUGAAAGCACUCACCAGUCGCUUACUCGGCAAAGCGUAUCAUACCUUUAUGAUCAAACCCCACAUCGCUGUGUUCAAAACAGGCAAAUGUUUGGUCCCUGGAGUGCAAAUUGAUUUGGAAUUGUAUUUGAAUGACAGCAACCUGUUUCUCUUUGGUACACCAGACACUACUACCUCUGUAGGCAAAAAAAUUCCUACUCUGGGAGACAAUGAUUUGUCUGUGACACUGUGGAUGAAAAAAGUAACCCUGAAUGCCUCUGUGUAUUCCAGACUGCAGAAAGAAAGGACCCUCAGUAAAACCAAGAAAGUCCAGUAUCCUGUCGUUCGAAGUGAGAUCCGAACGUAUUCGUUCGAUGGCAAUAGCACCCGUUGGUCUCAAGACAAUGUCUUCUUGAACAAGGUUCCCCAUAAGGUCAUUAUCGGGCUGAUGAAUUCUACCAAUUACAAUGGCAACCUGCAAUAUUACCCUUAUGCCUAUGAAAAGUUUGGAGUGACCCGAGUGCGACAACGGAUUGACGGAGAAGAGUACCCUUACAGAGCUUUGGAACUCACAGGCGAUUCAUCUGCAGAAGAUUUGCUAGGGUAUGAUCGCUUCCUGACUGCUUCAGGAGCUUACAAACACCACAGAGUACCCAUGCUGCUCCCGGGAGACUGGGGACAAGGCAAAAAUUGUACCUUGUUCAUGUUUAAUAAUGUAGCAGGUGAUUCGGACGAUCCUAAAUACAGAAACCCCAAACUUACAGGCAAUGUCAGCUAUGAAAUUGACUUCAGAGCAAGUGUAGGGCACAAUGUGACCGUGGUGAUCUGGAGCGAGUAUGAAAAUAUCUAUGAAAUAGACCAGUGGGGUGGUAUUCUUUAUUCCAUCAACAGCUAG